CCACGGGAAACCCUGAAGCGGCGAACGCCUGCGGUGGUCUAAGCGAGAUGUGUGGGACCGACACGCGCAGAUGGAGAGCGAGGGGCUGACCCCGAGCCGCGCGUGGACCGACAGACGGACAGACCGAGUGUGGAACUCUGUUCCAGUGCGGGGCCUGCUGACUGACCAGUUGUACCCAUUUCCAAGGCUCCAGCCAUCCCAUAUCUCACUGGAGGUCUGCUGCCCACUGGCCAUCCCCAAGAGCCUUGUGAGCCCGGUGCCCUGGGAACAGGAUGACUUUCUCCGAGUGAAGGUCGAGCAUGAGGAGGCCAGCUUCUCUCAGGUCCAGGAGUCUAACUUCGGCCACACCUCCCACCCUGAGGCUGCCUGUCUGCGCUUCCGACACUUCUGCUAUGAGAAGGCAUCCAACCCACGUGAGGCGCUGGCCCGGCUCUGUGAACUCUGCCGCCAGUGGCUGCGGCCCGAGGUGCGCUCCAAGGAGCAGAUGCUGGAGCUGCUGGUGCUGGAGCAGUUCCUGGGCGCGCUGCCCCCCGAGAUCCAGACCUGGUUGCGGGCUCAGUGCCCCGAGAGUGGCGAGGAGGCUGUGGUGCUCGUGGAAGACCUGACUCAGGCACUGGACAAGAGAGGGUGGCUGGUGCUGGGAUCUGAGCUCUCAGAGGCGAGCUGUAAGCAGAGCAAUUCGGACGAGUGGGCCACUGAAACCCUGGUAGGAGAGCUUUCCCCAGGACCCACCUUUGGUGAUGCCUGCGAACCUGAGGGCAGCUCAGAGAGGCAGGCCGGACUCUCAGCGAAGAUGUGGACAAAGUCUGUCACCCAAGAGAUGGAUUUCAGGAAAACUUCAGGGCCUCACAAGGGCGCCCUCACAGACCAGCCCGGCUGUGAAGCUGGUGCUUUGGGGGACAGUCCCAACAUGUGGCCAGACUUCACCUCCCAAGAGGAGACUCCUUCCAGAGAGAAAGUGGAUCCACUGGAUGGUUAUGGCACAGAGCCUCCAGGCACGUACUUGGGGAGGAAGCCCUCCAAGGGUGGUGAGUAUUGGAAGACGUUCCGGAGCCCCUUGGCCCUGGAGGCCCACCGGAAGAGCCAUGCUCGGAAGAUGCCCCACACCUGCAGUGAGUGUGGGAAAGCCUUCAGCCGGAGUGCACACCUGGCCCAGCACCAGGUGGUCCACACAGGGGCCAAGCCCCAUGAAUGCAAGGAGUGCGGGACGGCCUUAAGCUGGCUCACCCACCUGACCCAGCACCAGAGGAUCCACACCGGGGAGAAGCCCUGUGUGUGCGAGGAGUGCGGCAAGGCCUUCAGCCAGAGCACCCACCUGACCCAGCACCUGCGCAUCCGCACAGGAUAGAAGCCCUACAGGUGCUACGCCUGUGGCCGAGCCUUCAGCGACUGCUUGGCUCUGAUCCAGCACCUGAGGAUCCACUCCGGAGAGAAGCCCUAUCAGUGUCAGGUUUGUCCAAAUGCCUUUGCACAGAGCUCGUCCCUCAUCGAGCACCAGAGGGUCCCCACGGGGGAGGAGCCCUACAAGUGCAGCGACUGUGGGAAGGCCUUCAGCCGCACCUCAGCCCUCAUGGUUCACUUGCGGAUCCACAUCACCAUCCUGCAGUGCCCGAGGAAGCCUCCCCACAGUGGCUCAGCAUCGGAGAGAAACCUGAGUUCUGAAAGAGCUGGGAGGGACGGGGUGGGUGACUGCUGAAUCCCCCCAAAUGACCAGAUGCUAAAGGGCAAACUCUGGGGCUGUCCGGGAACAGCUCUUCAUUCUGGGACCCAGAUGGAGGCCCCUGAUGAACAUAAAGCUAUUCAGGUCAUCUGGCGAAGCUUCCAAAAGGCUCCUGCUGCCCUCCAUACCCCACUCAAGCCCAUCUCAGAGAGAGGACAGCUGAGCUGAGGAUGUGGAUUGCUCCUCAGAGCCAAAGCAGUCAGGGUCAAGUUGCUCUCAGGACUCAGUGGUCCCUGGAUGCUUGGGGCGGGGAGGCUCCAGCUUCACAUUCCCACAUGGCAUCUCUUCUUGCCUGUUCCUCUCCCACGCAGCCCAGGAGGGACACCUGCCCGUGCCCACCUCUGUGCCUUCACACAUGCUGUUUCCCUCCAACUGUUCACGUCUGACUCCAAGGCCAGCUUGUGAGGCUGCCUUUUCCAGACCCUCAGCCUCUAUCGCAUUUUCUGUGUCCUGAGCGUACGGCUGCCCGCUUGCCCGGCAUCCGUUUCUCCCUCCCUUCUCCUUCCACAUCCCACCAGUCGUCAGCCCUGUUGGUUUUACUUACAACCACCUCUGCUCCAUCUUCUCCACCUUUGUUACCUUAUGCGAGCCCACAUCACCUGUCACCUGGAUUCCAGCAGGGGUCUCCUUCCUGACCCCUUCCUGCUUUCAUUACACACACAUACACACACCACACACAUCCCAGACCACACAUCUACACAGACCG